GUCAGACAGUCGACGCACGGUUAGGUCGUAAUUUAUCGUAGCUACGUUUAGUAUUGUGAUAGAACUGUAGUUAUAAAAAAAUAUUUAAUGAAUAAAUAAAACUCCGAACUCGGGAUCUUGGUCACAUUUUCGUCUCUCUCAAGAUAUGCGGAUAUCAUUUCGUCGGCAAAAUAAAGCUAAAAGUGUUUCCUGUGUGGCGGCACGGCCGUGGGGGUCAGGGCUGGACCUGGGGCCGGUACAUGCAAUGGGAGGAGGGGGGAGGGGCCGAGCCCCCUCGCUUUGAGUGUCCCGUGUGGUGCGCCCUGUGUCGGGUUGGGAGGGCCCGGAUCAGGCAGGUGUGUCAGAGAGGAAGGGGCGUGUUGGGACUCUCCGCAGACAUGCUGAGCAUCAAGCUCCCCCAGCUCUUCGACAUCCACCAGGUGCCACGGGUGUUCCGUGAGGAUGGCAUCAUCUCCGGAUACCGGCACCCCCGCAGCUCCGCCCUCGACUGCAUCCUCAGUAGCUUCCAGAUGACCAACGAGACUGUCAACAUCUGGACCCACUUCCUGCCCACCUGGUACUUCCUGUGGCGCUUCAGCGUGCUCUUCUCGACGCUGGACUUCCUGUCAGAGAGCUACACGUGGCCCCUGCUGGUCUACAUGGUGCUGAUCUGCCUGUACCCCUUCACCUCCAGCUGUGCCCACACCUUCAGCACCAUGUCCGCCGAGGCUCGCCACAUCUGCUACUUCUUUGAUUACGGCGCUCUCAGCUUAUAUAGCCUCGGCUGUGCCAUCAGCUAUGGAUCCUAUGUGAUGCCUGAUUGCUGGGUGAACACUUGGCUGCACCGCCAUUUUGUACCCAUCGCCAUUGGCAACACGUUGGUCUGCACCAGUCUGUCCUGCUAUUCCAGGUUCCUUGAAUUGCAGUUUCCACGCAAGAGUAAAAUUCUCCGCACGGGGGCGUUCGUUUAUCCCUUCAUCUUUGACAACAUACCUCUCUUCUACAGACUUUUGCUAUGCUUUGGGGGGAGCUGUGGCCAGACCGAAGCCCUUCCCAGCCACUGUUACCACCUGCUCUUUGCCUUCCUCACCUGCUUCCUGUUCGCAUCACAUCUUCCAGAGAGACUGGCUCCAGGGCGCUUUGACUACAUUGGCCACAGCCACCAGCUCUUCCACAUCUGCGCCGUCAUCGGCACGCACUUCCAGAUGGAGGCGGUGCUGGCAGACAUGACAUCACGCAGGGCCUGGCUGACCGCCCACUCUGCUGUCCCCUCCUUCCUGGGCACCAUGGGUGCGCUUGCCCUGGGCUUUCUUCUCAACCUGAUCAUCCUGGCGUUCUUCAGUGCUGCCUUACUACGGGCACCCAGUCACAGUGGUCUGUACCAUAUCGCCAAGCACCAACCCUCCGCCGAGUAUAAGGAACAUUAAUGCCCCUCCCACCAACUGGCAUGGCAUUAAUUGUCCACUGCAUCCCACCAGCGGACUUUGACUAAAUUCUUCAAAUGGUGCUCACUUCAGCCUUAGUUUGGACAUUGCUGCACCCCGAUAUUGCAAGAUUAUUCCGAGAAUCCUAAGAUUUCCAUUUAGGGUUAUAUUUCAAGCAAAAGAGUUUCCUUGUGUGUUGUAGUUUGGUGGGAAGAGUAAAGACGAUGAUCAUCAAAGUCCAUAAGAGUUCCCUGAAGACACUUGCAUGGUAAAACUCUGUGUGUUAACUAUUAAUUUUUCAGCUGAAGACCCAGUUAUUUUUAAGCCUGAAGGACACUUUCAGUUGUUUCUUGCUUCAGGUCGAUGACAGGUGAAGGUUGCCUUAUUCUUAGGUGCUUUAGGAGCUUAUUCACACCUAUUUUGAGGCUUUGGGUUAAAUGAAGCAGAUUAUUAGUUUAACACAAAAAUAACAGCCCCUGACAAAAAAGAUGGCUGCCUUUUUAUUCAUGAUGAAUGGAUGAUCUAUAGCAGAUGCAUUCAUGGUUGGUAGGUGAUCUGUGGUAGAUGUGCUGACGGUUUGUGGGUCAUCUACAGUCUACAUGUUUUCACAGCAUGUGGAUAGGUGAUCUGUAUUAGAUUUCAGGGUGUCCAUGAUUCACAUUUUAAGAGCUAUGAAUAUCUAAAAUCAGGGAUGUUAUACUUAUGUCAAGUAUCCUACCAAACUAACUCCAUUGAUAGUACUUAUAUGAUUGUUUUAAGCCCUUAAUAAAUAACUGGCUCUGGGCUUACUAAAAUCCUAUUAGACAUGAUACAGUGCUGUCCAAAUAAAAAUUUUAAGUGCCUUUGGCAGUAGGGUUAGAUACCCUCUAUGCUAUCUAGAAUGUUAGGCAGGUUCAACAGUUAAAUUCCAAGAUAUGUGUUUGAGUCAUUUCUGAAGCUACUAGUUUUGACUUUUUCUGUUACCAUUCUUCUUCACCUUUCUCUCACUUGGAUGUUGGCGGUUAUAUUUGCAAAAAGACUUGUCCCUACACUAUUUAUAAAAUGAUAUUGAUUCAAAUUAGACCUGAUAUGAUUUAAGGAUCAGUUUUAUGGUUAAGUCCAGAGCUGAGGAAACACAGCUACCAAAGACAGUGACUAUUGUGCUGAUUGCUGAAAUAGAAGUGCCACUUCUGUCAUCAUUUGAGAAUACCACAGUAUCCUUUCUGUGUGAACACUUGCUUCCACAAAAUAAAUAACAUAGGUGGGGUGAGGUUAAACACAAGAUGCUUUCAUCCUUUAGCCUUUAAAGGGUUAUUUUCACAGCGUAAAAUCACUUGCUUUCAGGAUUUCAAGAUCCAAUUAGUUAUGCAGGGUGUUCCAGUUAUAGUAAUCUCACUUUACAGAGGUGUUGAAGCAAAUUUCCUGUCCUGUAGAUUUUUAAGCAGGUAUCAGUGCACAUUCUGUCAGGCUGACUUACUGCAUAAUUGAGACAGUGGAAGUGAUGAGCAACUGGCAGUGUUGAACCAAAACAAACAACAAUAGUUGUUUCUCACCAGGCAAUUUUGGAAGGGGCUUUUUUGCUUUCAUCAAACCACACACAUUAUUGUUUUCUCAAUAAUAAGCUUCUGGUUUAUAUCGUAGAUUUGACGAUAGCAGGGGAACUACUACAAUGAUAUUGAUGCACAGACUGUCUCUCAUUUGUACUUUACUGUUUUUACUUACAACAGAGAAAUUAGGAAAUUGAGAGGGAUUGCAUCACACAGGCUGUAGCUACAGCUACAUCAGAAUGCACUGAUGGAAAAUUCCAGAAAUUCUAGAAGUAUAUCUCAAACAUGAGAUACUAGCUAGUAUACACAAUUGUGGCAUUCCUCCCUCUUUAUUUGUGGGACACUUUAUUUGUGGUCCAUGUUGCUGAUGUAUUUAUGUCCAUUGCAGGUUUAUGGCAUACAAAGCACAACCUCUGUUACUUCUUGAAUUUAAUAUAGUGGCCUAUGG